AUGCUGGCUCCGGCGCUGCUGUGUGCCUGCCUGCUGCUGGCGGCCCCCGCCUCGCGCGCCUGGCCCCGUACCGACCCGGAGGAGCCCGGCUCCAGCACGGCGGCGCAGAUCCGCGACAUGCACGAGAAAGUGACGGCCAUCUGGCAGGAGCUGACGCAGCGGCGGGCGGCGGCCGAAGGCGGCCCGGACGCCGCGCUCCACGCCGCCUGCCGGGUGCAGCCGUCCGCCACGCUGGACGCCGCGCAGCCCCGGGUGAGCGGCCUUGUGCUCUUCCGGCAGCUGGCUCCCGGCGCCCGGCUCGAGGCCUUCUUCGACCUGGAGGGCUUCCCGGCCGAGGCCAACAGCUCCAGCCGCGCCAUCCACGUGCACCAGUUCGGGGACCUGAGCCAGGGCUGCGAGUCCACGGGCGCGCACUACAACCCGCUGGCCGUGCCGCACCCGCAGCACCCGGGCGACUUCGGCAACUUCGCCGUGCGCGACGGCCGCCUCUUCAAGCACCGCGGCGGCCUGGCCGCCUCGCUCGCCGGCCCGCACUCGAUCGUGGGCCGCGCCGUGGUGGUGCACGCGGGCGAGGACGACCUGGGCCGCGGCAGCAACCCCGCCAGCGUGGAGAACGGCAACGCGGGCCGCCGGCUCGCCUGCUGCGUGGUGGGCGUGAGCGGCCCGCUGCCCUGGGCGCGCCUGGCGCAGGAGCACGCGGAGCGCAGGAAGCGGCGGCGGGAGAGCGACUGCAAGGCCGCCUGAGCGCGCACCCCGCUUCCCUGCGGGCCCCGACGCCCUUCCCUUCCGCGCGCGCCCGAGACCUGCCCCCUGCCUGCCUCGAGUCUCUCCCUCUGCUCCCAGAGAGACCGCCCCCGCCCCGGGGUCCCAGUGCUGCCAUGGCUGAGGUCUCCCCCAAAAGCCCCUCCACCCAGAGGCCUCCAACCACGUAUGCUGAGACACGCCUCUGCCUCCAGAAGGCAGCCCCCGCCCUCUGAGACACUCAUCCUGAGCUCUGAGGACCCCCGGAGGUAUUGAAAUACCCCAUCUGCCCUCCCCAAACCUCUCCCGCCUCCCCCAGGUCCCUUUCCACCCUGACACCCUUACCCUCAGUCCAGGAGCCCUGAAACCCCUCUUUGCCCUAAGGCCUCAGCUCCUCCCACCCCGUAGAUUCCUUCUGAGACCCCUCCUGAGGUUACCCAGAACCCUCGCCCGCCCAGCCACCUCUCCCGCACCCUGCCAGCUCAAGCAGCCUGCGGUCAGGCGCCCCUGCCCGGUGCCCUCAGCUGUCAC